GGGUUCGCGGAUGUACCGAUCAGUUUGUAAAAGCGAAAAAUCGCAGGGACGGUUUGGCAGCGGCUGUGAGAUCAGAUCCCACGAGAGCCAAGUUUCUGGAGGUCGUUUAAACGAGUGCAUUCAUUUUUAUCCUAUUUUCUGGCCGUCUUUUCUCAUCAAACAGUCAUGGGGCUGCCUGCCCUGGCCAGCGUUGCUUUCCUGCUGUGCCUCUCUCUGGUAUCUUGCCACUGCCCCUCCAGGUGCCGUUGCCCCCCAGGCCCGCCUCGCUGUCCCCCCGGAGUCAGUCUGGUGCUGGACGACUGCGGCUGCUGUCAGGUGUGUGCUCGGCAGCUCAACGAGGACUGUGACAAGCUGGCACCCUGUGAUCCCCACAAAGGCCUGGAGUGUAACUUUGGGGCUGACCCCUUAGCGAACAGGGGCAUCUGUUGGGCCAAACAAGAAGGCCGAACCUGUGAAUACAAUGGCCGUAUCUACCAAAACGGAGAGAAUUUUCAGCCUAACUGCAAACAUCAGUGCACCUGCAUUGAUGGGGCUGUGGGUUGCCAGCCUCUCUGCCCCUUAGAGCUACCUUUGACUUCGCUAGGUUGCUCCAGUCCUCGGCUCCUUAAGGUACCCGGUCAGUGCUGCAAGAAGUUUGUGUGCAGCAAAGGCCUCAAGAAGUAUGGAGGGGUCAUCUUUAAGUACAACUCACAUGGAGAGGCCAAUGGCAAUGAGCUCAUCUAUGUGGGCAAAGAUGAACACUGGAAAAACCUGCCAGUGUGGAGGCCACUCUUCCAGGCUCAUGUGUCAAAACAGCAGCACAAGUGCUUGGCCCAGACUACAGACUGGUCACCGUGCUCCAAGAACUGCGGAUUUGGCAUCUCCACCCGUGUCACUAGUGACAAUCCCCGGUGCAAACUGAUCAAAGAGACCCGACUGUGUCAGAUCCGGCCCUGUGGGCAACCUGAUUUUACCAAGCUAAAGAAAGGCAAGAAGUGCCUGAGGACACACAAGGUACAGGAACCAGUGAGGUUCAGCUAUGCUGGCUGCAAGAGCCCCCGCCGGUAUCGGCCCAGUUUUUGUGGAACAUGUCUGGAUGGACGCUGUUGUGUGCCUUUGCGCACUCGCACACUGAACGUACCCUUCCGUUGCCCAGAUGGAAGCGUCUUCUCCAAGAAUGUCAUGAUGAUCCACACCUGCCAGUGUGGCUCAGCUCAUUGCCAGCUGCUCAGUGAAGCUGCUAUGGGCCCCCGGUACCAGCUCCAUGGGGACAUGCACAAAUUCCUGGAUUGACAGAGUGUGCUGACCCCUCUGCCCGUGAGCCAAGCUGGGCUCUGAAAUGACUUUGAUCCUCCCCAUGGACUUGAUGCCCCUAUGCUAUGGAACUGGGAUACCCUAUAGCCACCCCGCUACCAUGAAUACAAAUAUUACUAAAAUAUUGGAUUUUGGAGAUGCACAAAUUCCCCCAUGUUUGGGGAAUGCACUAUUUGGUGCUGGGAGCCUGGAUAUUUAACUAUGUGGAGAAUUGACCUCCUGGUACUGGGUUCAGUCUCACCAUUUAGUCCAGACAGGCUCAGGCUGGAACUGGGCCUGGGGCAACCAAAGAGAGGUAACCAAAGAAUUGUUUCCCUGGCAGAUUCCAUGUUCUUUGUCCCAUGGUGCUGGGGAGCAGAAGGAAGCACAGCUCUAGGAUGACUAGAUUGGUCUGCCAAACCGCCAGCUAGUCAGAGCUCUGAUACCUUUAGGACACUAUGGCAGAAAAGAGCAAAGUUCAGCACCAGACAAACCGAUCUCAACUGAACUGGAAAUAAGUGUCCUAUGAUGCCUCCAAGGGAACUGUAGUUCUCCCUGGACUGGGAUUUGAACAGUCCCAUGGACACUAAUGCAUGGUUCACUCAUAGAAGAGAUGGCAGUGAAGGGAGGGGUAGUGGAAUGGCCUUGAGGUAGUGGAAUGGCCUAUAGGGCAUGAGAUCACAAGGGAGGGUUACAGCUGUGAAUGCUUCAUAUUAAAAAAACCAUGUGAAUAGAGAGAGCGCACUGAAUUGAGGAAGGUUCUGUCUCCUCUCUUCAUUUGCUAUGCUGGUUUUCUGUUUACAGGAAGUAUUUAAACACAGGGGAACAUUCCAAAAUGUGACACACACACACCCUACCUGCAGUGUCAAGUAGUACAGUCUAAUCUACCACCAUAAUUCUCUGUCAUCUUGUUUCCAAGCCAUUCUUGUGCAUGGGUGGGCCAGGCCUAAGGCAGGAAGCAUUACUGGGUUGUUUUUUUUAAAUCCUGUGAUCUUCUAAGGGAUUAAAGUGGCCAAAAAAAGGUUGACUGGGACCUACACCCCCUUACCUGCCUCUGGUUUGCAUCUUUGUCUAUGACCACCAUUUUGUCCUUGACCUGAGACCUUGCAUCCCAGUCUGAUCCCAUUCACACCAGAGAGUGGCCUCAGUCCCUGCUCACAAUACAUCUGAGUUUCCCGGAGAGACCGUUUGUGAUUGUCCAUCAGGGGUAAAUAUAUGCAGAACUGAUAUUGUGUAUCCAUGCUCUGCUUCUUCCUUGAGCUGAUGCUUCAACAGGUCACCUGUCAACCAUGCUCAGAGUUUGCAAACUUUAAAAACAAAAACUUGAAAGUGGAAAAGGUACAAAAGGAAGAUAAAUCUGAGUACACAGACACACUAGAACAGGCGGUAUGCGAACCAAUUUGGUGCCCUAGAUGUUAAACUUCGUGGGAC